AUGGCGACAAUGGAUGCAACCCCGGGAAGUAGCCCCGCGGCUUUAACUGAAGCCGGAUCCAGUCCAGCAAUGAGGAAAUCACUCUCACCAAAUAAGACACCCUUAUCAUCUCCCUCAGCGUCGGGUAGCACAGCUUCUCAGCCUACACAGACAGCUUUUCUUUCCGCGCCUACAACCCAAAAGGCACAAGGAGCCAAGCGAAAGCCGUCAACUAUCGAAGAGAAGCUCAAUGCCACUAAGCGACAGAAAUUAGGAACCAAAGCACCAGAAAAGCUCGAAAAGGAAGGGACUAAAGGUGCUGAGAAAGCUAAGAAAGAAAAGGAGGCUGAGGAGAAGCGGCAAGCGAAAGAAGCGAAGGCGGCCGAGAAGGCCAAGAAAGAAGCCGAAGCGGCUGAGAAACGUCAGAAGAAGGAGGCCGAGGCCGCUGAAAAGGCUAAGAAGAAGGCUGCUGACGAGGCAGCUAAAGCAGCAAAGGCUGCUGAGAAGGAGAAAAAAGAUGCGGCUAAAGAAGCUGCCAAGCGCAAACAGGAAGAAGCGAAAGGGCGACAGCAAAGCAUGCUGGCGGUUUUCGUCCAGCGAGCUCUCAAUGCGCCCCCGAAGAAGACUACCGAGCAAAUCACGAAACCUUCUACGGAAUCCGAUGCCGCCACUGGCUCACCGAAAGCCAAAUCUAAGUUGGAGAAGUCGCCGUACGACCGAGUAUUCCAGCCCUUCUUCGUUAAGCCCGACGUCAUGCUAGCUCCACAGCCGUUUGAAAUGGACGAUGAGACCAAAGAUGCCAAAUCUAGAAUUCUGGACCAGUACAUUCGUGGCGAACGAGGCGAAUUCAACCCCAAGCCGUUCAAUCCAACAGAAACCUUCAACUUGGCAUUCACGCGGAAGCGUGGUAUUAUCCCGCCCAGCGUAAAGAGCAUCAUGGAAACUAUACACAGCGAGGCUGAGCAGGCAGGCACAAAAACAGAGUCACAGACCAAAAAACUGGCCGAAAACGCGCAAGAACGACUCAAUGCUAUCGCAACUAAAUACCUAUCUUUCUACGAAGACGUCAGACCACCGUAUUUCGGAACCGUCACUACGCCUAUUGGGGCCACGAAACUCCGCUUCAUAUCCCGUAGACCCGUCGGAAAAGCCCUCCCACUGAAUUACGACUACGAUUCUGAAGCGGAAUGGGUGGAAGACGACGGUGAAGACCUAGAUGAUGAAGAUGACGAUGACGAUUCUCAUGAUGGCGAUGGAGAAAUGGAGGACUUCCUUGACGAUUCUGAGGAUCAGCCUACUACGACCCGGCCAACUUUCCUUGGUGAAAAAGAGCCGGUUAGCACUGGUAUUUGUUUUGAGGAUCAAACGAGACUUGGCCCUUGUUCUACCACAUACAAAUAUCAACUUGAGUUCCUACUAGAUACACUUGACCAACACUCAGGAAUUGAUCCCUUCUCAACUUCCUACUGGCCAGCUCCUGCGAAGAAAGCCACAGCGAAGAGUGCAGUUACAUCUACGACAGCCGCUUCGACGGCUAUGCCUCCGCCUGACGUGCCCACAAGCGCCCCAACGCUUACUUCCGGUACAGGUAGUUCUCCUCCAGCAUUAGAGAACCAAAAUGUAGUUCCGAAGGACGUCUUUGAUGAGUUCAGACAAGCUAUCAUCAGCAAUGAGCUCAAAGAGUUUACCAAGGGAACGAUCAUAGAGAUGUUGACGAAGAAGUUCCCCAGCUGUACGAAGGCACAGGUGAAAGCGACAUUGGACAAAGUCGCCCACCGUGUUAGUGUCCCCGGUGCAAAGAAGAAUGUCAAGCAAUGGGCACUUCUACCAGCAUAUGCCUUGUGA